AUGGUCAACCUCGGGCCCAUAACCAAGGCAUGGGACACGUUCACCCCGGGUGAACGGAGGAACAUUGCCUUCUAUAUUCUGGGUAUAAUGUGUUACAAGUUUGGUCUCGAAGCAUUCAACGGCUCCAUCUCCGCCCUCAUGACCAACAAGUACGACUAUGAUGCCUGGAGCACAGGCACCGCAAAGCAGACGUUCACCAAACAGCAGUUGGCCGUCGGCCUCAACUACGCCUUCCAAUGCGUUGGUUCCAUUCUUAUCGCACCGCUGAUUCAGCGCUACGCAACCAAGAAUGUACUAUCGGUUGCCAUUCUUGUCUUUGGUAUCUUCACAGCCAUCUUGCUGAUCGUGGAUGCUGCGACUGGCGGCUCCUUUCCGCCCGAGGAAUACCAGCCACCAAACACCCACCCGUCCGACGACGAAGCAUUCUGGUACUACGGCCGAUACAACAGCGAUGGAAUCAUUCCCGUUUAUUGUGUGACUGGUGUCGCCUACGGCAUGGUUGAGUUGAUCCGCCGCGUCAUCCCGCGGGACAUCGUCGGCGGCAACGUGCAAAAGCUGCGGAGGAUGGACUCGAUAGUCCACGUCUUCUACGAGAUUGCAGGAACGGCUGGUUCCUUCUGCACAGCUCUUGCCCUGAUCCCCAACUUCGGAGCCAACCGAGCUUUCCUCAUCACCCCGGUCUGCUUCUCCCUCGCAGCGGGCUUCUGGUUCCUGGUCAGCAAGCUCGGGUUCAAAGCCAAGCAUGGUGACAAGCUGGCAAAGCAGCCGUCUUACAUCAAGCUUCUGAUCAGCGGAUUCUACUACUUUGGUCAAUCUGUCUGCACCGGUGGCAAAAUCAUCUUUACGUCCCGCAAAUUUGUGUGGUUGAUGCCUGGCUAUGCCAUUGCGCUCUAUGGCCACAGGUACCUGGAGAAUGGACUCGCUCCCGUGAUUGCCCGGCGUUAUAUGGGACAGUCGUCGUACCAACAGAUCAUGGUGGGCGGCUCAAACUUUGGCGAGCUUCUCGGCGCCUUAUUCGUCUUCCUUUUCACGAACCUCAUCCACACACCAAUUCCAUGGCUGAGACUCGACGGUCUCUUGCUACUAAUCGUCUGGUAUCUGCCGUUCUUUUAUCCUGCCCGUAACCAGAUCUCUGAAGCUUGGAAGGUUGCAGCCACCUUCAUCCCGAUCUCAUUUGGUUGGGCUGCUGGCGACGUGUCGCUCGCUGCGUAUAUUCAGGCUUCAUUGGCUCGUCUUGAGAGCACCAGCUCCGAGGUCUCGCCUUUGGGUGCUGUCAUGGCAUUCCUCUACGUCACAUACGUGGUAAUUUAUGCUGUGGUCUCGCCACUUGUGGGAUCAUAUAUCGACAGCUACCAGGGCGACAUUCAUGAAGUGGUUCUGAACAUUGGUGGUGUUCAUUUCACCAUUAUCAUGGCCAUCGUUCUUGCGGCGACCUUCAUUCCCAAGGGCUCUCUCGCCAUCAACCCCGAGAUGCUCUUUAACGAAAAACUCGACGUGGAUCUGACAGACGACGAGAAAGCUAUGACCGCACCGCAUCAGGAAUUUGCAGCCGAAGCCGAGAAGGUUGAGGAUACCAACAGGAAAGGGUCGGAAAAAUCAUCGUUGUGA